AUAAAUGGGAAUGGAAGGAACACAGAGAGGGACACAAACAUCUGGAAAUAAUUGAAGAGAGAGAGAGAGGGAGGGAGGGGCAGAGAGAAACAGUUCUGUUUAUAAACGGGAACAAAAUGAAGGGUCAAAGCUCUUGGACAGAAAAUUACAUAAAUUCAAUAUAAAGUUCAGACUUAGGGAAGACCACAAGUUAACUGGGGCAGGCGGAUGAACAAAGUCAACCAGUGAAGAACAAUACAGAGGAAGAGACGGAAGGAAAGCUGGUUCGGGGACCAGUCCAAAAGAAAACUAAGCAAAGUUUGAAACCAGAGGGUGAAGGAGCCAGCGUGACAAAGACAAGAUUUAAAGAAGUUAAACUCAUUUUAAGAAACCGAAAACACACUACAAUAAAGCAUUUCCCGGAUGUCAGUGUCUCGGAGGUGUUUGUGCUGCGUCAAAUAUUUGAUGUUUGUCUUUAACCUCAUCUUCUGGCUAGGAGGAUGCGGCUUGUUUGGUGUUGGAGUCUGGCUGUCCUUCACGCAGGCGGAGUUUUCCUCUCUUCCCCUGUCUUUUCCAUCCCUCUCAGCUGCCAACCUGCUUCUAGUCGCUGGUGGCAUUACCAUGGUGACAGGCUUCCUGGGUUGUCUUGGAGCACUGAAGGAGCAGCGCUGUUUGUUGUUCAUGUUCUUUGUGAUCCUUCUGCUCCUGGUCCUGACAGAGGUGACUUUAAUGUUGGUUAUACACAUCUUCCAUGACGAGCUCGAUUCCAAAGCACAAGGUGAAUUAAAGGAAGGUAUGAAGAUAUAUGAAUCAGAACCUGGACUGAAGAAAUCAUGGGAUAAUGUCCAGAAAAUGUUCAAAUGUUGUGGAGUAACUAACAAAACAGACUGGUAUGAUGUGCUGAAUGGAACGCUGCCCUCAUCCUGCUGCUCUGUUGGGACGGACCAGUGUGUUGACGGAUGGAGUGAGCCAUGUUAUCAGAAGGCCAGGCAGUGGCUGCUAGAUAACAUCCCCUCAGUACUGGUGUUUGGAGUGUGUAUUGGCGUUGUGCAGAUCUUGGCCCUGGUGUUCUCCAUGCUGAUGUACUGUCAAAUUCUGUGUGCUGAGAAGCACUUGGACUGACUACAGACCAGCUGUUCAUGGGCCCUUGAUGGGAAGCCUUAUCACAAUCUCCCCUGGGACUUCAAUAUAACCCUGGCCUGAUUUGCAUUUUUCAGGCUGUGGUACUCCAGCACUUACUUUGGAUUCAGACCUGAAAUGUGUGCCUUUCAAAUGCCCUGUGGCAUUGGGUUACAAAUCCCCCCCAAAACAAACACUAACUAAAACUAUCAGUGGUUGUACUCGACAUUGGCGUUGUGGACACAGCCUCUACUAACAGACUGAGGAGGUUGCUUGUCUUUGUACCAGCCAUAUAAAAGUGAUAUCAUCACAGUUUAACAUUGCAUUAAGUCAGAUCAGUAAGGUUUCAUUUUACAAUUAGAAUCCAUCAGCCUCAAUACAAAACAAGUUACAGCUACCUUAAUACUUUGUUCCUGCAGAGAAAACUGAGGGGAAACACUGGGUUCAUUGUUGUCUUAAGUUUAUAACCUGCUGGACUAAGUACAAUGUUUUGUCAAGUAACCCACUGAUUAAAAAAAAAAGAACGAAAGAAAGAAUGAACAAAUGAAGAAAAGAAAAAAUGGAGAAAAGAAAAAAAAUUGCACUUAGUUCACUUUGUUUAUGAUUUCGUGCCUUAUAUAUUUCUAUACUAUAUGAGCACUUUGAACAUGUCUGGUUCAGUGACUUUACAGCUUUUAAGUAAUCUUAUUUUCAUCAGUUCUAUUGCAUCAAAUAUUUUAAAAUAAUUCUAUUGUAACUCAUGGUAUUUCUGUGUCUUUAUUCACUGCACAGUUUUAUCCAACUUUAUCUUUUUUAGCGGAACAUAUACUGGAUAUUUUAUAAUAUUGUAUUAAAGAGAAUGUCUGAUUCUUA